CAAGAGGCGGAGAUCCAAUCACGUGAUUUCGCGUAACCACGGUGGACUAGGAAGUGAUUUCAUGCUAGUGUUUUGGAAGAGUUCUGAAGCAAAAGUGGAACGAUAAUUCUAAGUUACAUCGUGCACUACUGUUUCCUGAAAUUUCAGAUCACUGCUCAGCUAUUACUGAUAACUUGCCCCUUGUGCCUAUUUUACUCUCUACGUGAAUCAAACAUGUCCGUGGUACUGUUUGUGGCCAGUUAGCGUUUCAGCUAGCCUACGCAAGCAUAGCAAGCUAACGUUAGCUAAAGUUUGCUGUCGUGUAAGUCUUACCAUUCUGAUUCGCACAACGUUAAAAUCGUAAAAAUGAGACACCGAUUUACACAGUUAUCGAAAGCAUAUUCUGCAUGUUGUUUGAGAUGUACAUAGUGCUGGCUAGUUAUUAAACCAGAACAUUGAGCGCUGAAAACGACAAGAAGUGCAUGUUGCUACAACUGAUAAAUAGUAUUAGCUAAACCUAGCCGUCUAUCCUUUACCAAAUCACCCAGGUUUAGUCUUGUAUUGUAGGUUUAUCGUAUAAUACGAUAAUCUCCACACAGUGUAAACGUUGUGAAAACCACAACAGGCGUAGAUUAUCUGUAUCAUAUAACAUGACCUGCUCACUGACACCCUCAUUGUUAACGUACUUAUCCUGAUCCGUUUGGUUAGAGAACUAGGUGCUUAUACUAUGAAAGUUUGUCAUAACGCUGCAGUUGCAUUGAGUAUUCAUGGCGCGGUCUUAGUUGAAGGCAGUUAUCAUACUCUAACUUCAAUUUAGGUAAAUCAACCAGCAGUUCGGGAAAUCGCUUUCUCAGCAGUUUACUCCUCCGAUCUUUCAUCCAAGCUGCUUCAGCUGACUGACAGCCAGCAUGUCCACCUCCUGAGAAUGCCACAUCAUGAUGUCGUUCACUCUGGAAGCAUCAGGCCAUGGAGAACACUUUAAGCUCGGCAGAGGGUCGUCAGGACUCUCUUCCACCGGCCAAUUCAGGGUCACCACCACACAACUCUAUUCCAAGUGCAGAAGGAAAGGCCGUGGGUUUUGUGUUGGUGCAUGCAGGGGCAGGGUAUCACUCGGAGUCAAAAGCCAAGGAAUAUAAGCAUGUCUGCAAGAGGGCAUGCCAGAAAGCAGUGGAUAGACUGAAGGCUGGAGCACAGGCAGUGGAGGCAGUAACUGCAGCUCUCAUUGAACUUGAGGACUCCCCUUUUACUAAUGCAGGGAUGGGCUCAAAUCUGAACCUGCUGGGGGAGAUUGAAUGCGAUGCCAGCAUCAUGGAUGGCAAGACUUUGCAUUAUGGAGCUGUUGGAGCCUUAAGUGGGAUCAAGAACCCAGUGCUGGUGGCGAGGACACUGCUGAGUGAAGCUCAGAAGGGCAAGCUGUCCGCUGGCAGGAUACCCCCCUGCUUUCUAGUGGGGAAAGGAGCACAGCAGUGGGCAGAGAGUCACGGCAUCCCUCCGUGCCCCUCGGAGAAGAUGGCCACCAAGUUCAGUAUGUCAGCAUACAAAAGGAACAAGAGGAAGAUGGAGCUGGCAGAAAAGGUGGAGACAGAGCGCUGUCAAGUGAAAAGAGGGCGACAAUCAAACGACAGUGACCUGGGGUCUUUGGGCGAGGUCAAAGGCAUGGUGGCAGACGAAGAAGAGAAUGACUCUGCGUGUCUGGACACGGUCGGUGUGAUCGUCGUCGACCAGGAGGGCAAUGUGGCAGCAGCAGUGUCCAGUGGAGGCCUGGCGAUGAAGCACCCCGGGCGAGUAGGGCAGGCAGCUCUCUUCGGCUGUGGAUGCUGGGCUCAGAAUUCAUGUAAUGCAAAUCCUUACUCAACAGCCGUGAGUACCUCAGGCUGUGGGGAGCACCUGAUGCGCACCAUGCUGGCCAGGGAGUGCUCAUCAGCGCUGCAGGCGGAGGACGCUCACCAGGCUCUGCUGGAGACCAUGCAGAACAAGUUCAUCAGUUCGUCCUUCCUGGCCGGUGAGGACUGUGUGUUGGGUGGUGUGAUUGUCCUGCGGUGCUGCAGGUGUGUGGAGACAUCGCCGGACAUCCAAGAACUGCUGGUGGAGUUCUUGUGGAGCCAUACCACAGAGAGCAUGUGUGUCGGCUACAUGUCCGCCCAGGAUAGCAAAGCUAAGACUCACAUCUCUAGGUUGCCCCCUGGAGCGGUCGCCGGACAGUCUUUGGCCAUCGAGGGUGGAGUGUGUCGCCUUGGCAGCAAGAGUGACUGACACACAUGGAACACACUCGCUGUUACACACACAUCAAACUCUGGGGGUGCCGCUCGAGAAUUACUCCAUAAAAACAACCAACACCACCCACACAUCUCUCUCACACACACACAAACAAGACACAAACACAGACAACAGGCCUCCUUAGCAAUAUGCUAUGGAGCUUGUCCUGUAAAUUGCUCGGACCAGUAGUAAUAAGCUGCGGCUUUUGAGCAGUCUGUCUGAGGGGUAGACGGGUGUGGACAGACAUGAGCCUUGGCUUCCAUCCGGAGAACAACACACACACACACACACACACACACACACACACACACACACACACACACACACACACACACACACACACACACACACACACACAACCCCCCGUUAUCCUGUUCCACUGUCAUUCUCUGGGACGACCGCCAGGCUCCAGUGGCCACUGUUUGGCUCUAGUCUCCUCAGCCUACAGUCUCACCUGCCUUCAAUGUGCCAUGGCUUCUACUUCAUCUUCCAGUUGCAAAAUGCACCGUCUCUCUCGCUGUAUAUAAGCUAGGGGUUGAUGGAAACAGGGUGAAUAUUGACUUUUAUCAAAUUUUUUGACAGUUUUUCUGUUUGUUUUACUAUUAUUGCUUGAUAUUUUUGUGAGUUUUGAAGUAAGCCCGUCAUAUGCCACAUUUCUAGGAUCUGAAACAUCAAAUGAGCAGAACUUGUGGUUUUUGUGUGAUUUUAAUGACAUUAGAUGCACCGUAAUGAAUUGGAUUAAGACUUUUCACCAGUGACUUCACCAGUGAGUUUCAAUUCAUGAUGUUAGCAAGACACAAGAAAUAUGCUUCAUCACAAAGACCUGUCCACACAUCUUCAGGCACACCGACAUGGAUUUCCACUUGUAGUCAUCCACUCCUCCACUCACAUUUGAAAUGCUGGUGACAGACUUUGCCAAAUGAGGACGAAAUGUUGGCCAAACAAAUAGUCGACACAUUGAAGAGUAUAUGCACUUUGUACCUAAUCUAAUGUUAUUAGAAUGCACUGCUCUGGUAAUCAUGCACGACUUCUGUUCGUAUGUACUGUAAGGUGUGCAAGGGUAGGGAGGGCAUGGUGUGGUGUGGCGUGGUAUGGUGGCACCGUAAACAGCUGAGACCCUCAGCUCAGGUGCCACCACACAACCCCUCCAAAUAUGUAGACUAUUUGAUCAAGACUGUUAUUCGCUCAUAAAAUGCAGUAAAUAUAUGUAAUAUCUAUAUAUAUUUGUACUCGCUUCCACAGAGGUCUGUAUUUUGUAGUGAAGAAAGGAAUGGAAAAAAGGCUAUCCGGUGUAUUUAUUAGUGAAGCUUAUUCAGUUGAAUCAGGGAAGGUCUUUAGUAAUGUGAAUAGGGACAAGGAUCUUAAUAUUGCUCUCCUUCCUCCCAGGUUAGCCCACUUAGAAAGAGUCGAGGAGGAAUGGCUUCAGUUAAUUUGUGUUUAUCUUUUUUUAUCUCUUCAGACUGUGGCUGUACAAGGUGUUGAAUAGAUUAAUGAUUACAAUUUCAUGCUCAGAAUGUAUGCCGCUUCCAAUGACAUUACUUGAAAUUUGCAUUGGUAUUAAAUGUCUCCAAGACAUUCCCAUCAGCAUUUUGUGCUAACCUCUUACUGCAAUGCUCAAUAAAUAUCAAAUAUGUG